AUGAAGACUACAUUCACCACUCUCGCAAUCAUCCCAGCUACCUUGGCCUUUGCUCCACAAAAUGGAAUCAUGUCAAAGACUGCGCUCAAGGCAUCCGCCGCUAUGGGAACUAACAACAAUACCAACAACAACAAGAAGACUCUCUACGAUCCUCUUGGCCUUUAUCCAGCCAACUCUCCUGAACGAAUGUCUGGAGCCAUCAAGCCUCUCGAGGCAUUCUCUGAACCAGACAAAGCAGUCACCGAUCCUCUUGGACUCUACAGAGACGAGACUGAAGUCUCCUCCUCGCUCGAGAUGUCUGCUUCGUUGCCCUUUGUGACUCGCCCUUCCCAUUUGGAUGGGAGUCUUGCUGGUGACCGCGGAUUCGACCCAUUCAACUUUGCUGCGGGAGAAGGGUCCCUAGAAUGGUACCGCACCUCCGAACGAAAGCAUGGACGAAUUGCCAUGCUCGCUGCUGUCGGAUGGCCGAUUGCCGAACUCUUCCACAAUACCAUUGCGGAUAAUGUUGGAUUCCCUUCCCUCUUGGCCAGCGGCGAUCGUGUGCCAUCUGUCUUGAAUGACGGCCUUGCCCACGUCCCCUUUGCGCAAUUCUGGAUCCCCGUAAUUGCCGCAGCGAGUGCCUUGGAGAUCAGCCAGUCUUUGGACCAAGAAGAAGCCCGCUACAUGCUGUCUCCUGAGAGCAACUACAAUGCUCAAGUCAGCUUUGUCGAAGAAGCGGAGGUCUUCAAUGGCCGUCUUGCCAUGCUGGCGAUUACUGGAUUUGCGAUCCAAGAAUUCUUGUUCCAAGAUGCCGUCGUGAAUCAGUUUCCCAUAUUUUUCAAGCCAUUCAGUGUUGCUAUGGAACAGCUCAUGAACUCGGCUCCCAUCUCAUUGUAA